AUGCUGCAGAACCACCAUCAGGAAGUAGACGACGAUGAGCCCGACGAGUGGGACCAACGGAUCAUCAACACAGGCUGCCACGACGAGAACCUCAAGCUCCAGCUUUGCCAUGCUGACAACGGCGACUGGAGGAAGUGCUUACCCGAGAUGCAAGCGUUCAGAGAGUGCUGGGACAAGAACAAGAACAAUGAGCGGACCAGCACCGUCAAUAACGACUAA